UACAACAAAGGGCGGCGGGCGGCGGGCGGCGGGCGUCCGUGACCGCGUCUCCCGGUGCUGCUCUCAGGCCGAGUCCCGGCCCCCCGCCUGCCCCGCUCCAGAUGAAGUGUGAGCACUGCACGCGGAAGGAAUGUAGUAAAAAAACAAAAACCGAUGACCAAGAGAAUGCCUCAGUCGACGUACCAAGUCUGGGCCAGGAGAAUGGAGAGAAGGGAGAAUUCCAUAAGUUGGCUGAUGCCAAGAUAUUUCUGAGUGACUGCCUGGCGUGCGACAGCUGUGUGACUGCGGAGGAAGGGCUCCAGGUUUCCCAGCAGAACGCCAAGGACUUCUUUCGAGUUCUGAACCUUAAUAAGAAAUGUGAUACCUCACAGCACAAGGUGCUGGUAGUGUCGGUGUGUCCUCAGUCUCUGCCUUACUUUGCUGCCAAAUUCCGCCUCAGUGUGACGGAUGCAUCCAGAAGACUCUGCGGCUUCCUCAAAAGUCUUGGGGUGCACUAUGUCUUUGAUAUGACAAUAGCUGCGGACUUCAGCAUCCUGGAGAGUCAGAAGGAAUUUGUGCGUCGCUACCGGCAGCACAGUGAGGAGGAGCCCGCACUGCCCAUGCUCAGCUCCGCCUGCCCGGGCUGGGUCCGAUAUGCUGAGCGGGUGCUGGGCCACCCUGUCACCCCCCACCUCUGCACUGCCAAGUCUCCCCAGCAGAUCAUGGGCUCUCUGGUGAAGGAUUACUUCGCCAGACGGCAGAACCUGUCCCCAGACCAGAUUUUCCACGUUAUCGUGGCCCCUUGCUAUGAUAGGAAACUGGAGGCCCUUCGAGAAGACGUUCCCACAGCUUCGCAUGGCUCCCGGGGUGCUGACUGCGUACUAACCUCAGGUGAAAUUGUUCAGAUAAUGGAGCAAAGUGACCUCGUGGCAAAAGACACUGCCGUUGACACUCUGUUUGGAGGCCUGAACGAGGAGGAGGAGGUGAGGCGCCAUGACGGAGCCAGCUCCGACGGGUACCUGGCGCACGUCUUCAGACACGCAGCCAAGCAGCUGUUCGAAGAGGACGUCAGGGAGGUCACCUACCGCACCCUGAGGAACAAAGACUUCCAGGAGGUUACCCUCGAAAAGAACGGGGAGGUUCUGUUACGCUUUGCUGCUGCAUACGGCUUUCGAAACAUCCAGAAAGUGGUUCUGAAACUGAAGAAGGGCAAGUUCCCGUACCACUUUGUGGAAGUGCUCGCCUGUGCCGGGGGGUGUUUAAACGGCAGAGGUCAAGCCCAGACGGAGGAUGGGCGUGCGGACAAGGCGCUGCUGCGGCAGAUGGAGGGCAAGUACGCGGGUGUCCCCGUGCGGCCCCCCGAGAGCAGCGCCCAUGUGCAGGAGCUGUACCAGGAGUGGCUGGACGGGGCCGACUCCCCCAGAGUCCGGGAGGCGCUGCACACCGUGUACCAGCGCCCGGGACUCCCUGCCGCCAGCCGAGACAUCAAGUGGUAAAGGUGGGCAAGGAGGCAGCCCCGCCAGCUGCCCAGGGAGGGAGCCGCUGCGGGAAAGCCGCUCUGCCCCUCAGUCAUUCUGUGCUUUCCGGAGCUCUCUCCCCAUGUCUCGGUGGCUCCCUCCCUCGGUCUGACGUGGUGCUAUCUUCGUAAUGUGUGCGACUGGCAUAUUUGAAAACGAGAGAAGGAUUGCCCCAAUUUAAUAUCCUUUUAUCUUAAGACUGGAAAAUAUCCCAAAGAACAAAAACAGAGACAGACUACUAUCUUUUAGGCUUAAAAAAAAUCUAAAAAGUGUCCUGUGAAGAGCUUAGACCCCAGAAGUUGAGAUUCGUGGGCCUCAGAGCGACUUGACGUGGAAAUAAAGACAGGAGGCAGGCAGGCUGCGGGGUGGUGGGGCCACGGCCCAUGGUCUGCCCACCUUGGCUAUUACUUUACUCACGUUAUUCCUGAAAACGUUUUUGCCAGAACGUGAAUAAAUUGCAUCCUUUCAGAAUUGGGGGCUCGCGUACGAAGCUGGAUUUCCGGAUGUUCUGGUAGCUUGGGCCACGUUCCUCGCCACCGCGAUUGUCAGAGAUGAUAGCAGCUGCCUCCUGGGACCAGACCCCUAAACCAGGGGCCCCAGACUUGCACUUUUACAUUCAGCCUCUAAGGAGAACUCCCAUUGAGGCCGGGGAGGCCUGGCAAGGGGGACAGAAAGAUGGAGGACAGACAGGCUGCCUCGCUCAGGCCAGGGUGUGUGAUCGGGAGGCGGCUGCCUCAGUCCCUCCCCAGCAAGGUUAGCAGGGGGCAGCCUUGCCCCAACCUUUGCGCCUCGAGGGACCGUCAUCGGGCAGCCUGCGCCGCUCCUGUGAGCGCCUUAAGGAACAGAACACAAUUUACCUACAAUACCAACAAAGGCUGGUAAGCAGCCAGAAACCUCCAGAACUGGCACGCCACAUCUGGGCUCGGCAUCCAAAGGAAAGACCUCUGCGAAUGGCCUGAGUUUAGAUUUUCAAAGCACUUGGAUUUGGUUAACACGAGUGAUGAUGAUCCUCGUGAGCCCUCCGUGCCGUCACGCCGCGCCGGGCUCCGUUUCCAUCGUGUUCCAUAUCAUGCCCGUACGCCUGUCCGGGUUGAUAGCCGGAUGGUGUGUGAAAUUGUACAUUUUUCCUUUCAGUCUGUUCAUAAUCGAGGUUCAUCCUCCAUGGUGACUGAUUGCGGAAUAAACAGUUGAAGAACGUG